CUCUUCUCUACUUCUCUGCAAAGUGCAGACUGCUGUCAAUUGUUUGCUCUCUCUCUCUCUCUCUCUACAAAUUUGGGAAUUCACCUUUUUGGAUUCUACAACGGAGAGUGGAGCAACUGAUUAAUGUGGAGGGAUUGGUGAAGCCAAGAACCUUUUGACAGCAGAUGUUCUUCAGAAUUAGGGGUGGGGUUGUGAUUUUUUUCAUGCUGUAGGUAAAGCAAUUGCACAAAUAGAUGGCGGGUCAGUCAGGGGCCGGGUUUCAUCAGCAGUACCAUCACCAGCAGCCGGGCGUAUUGUUUAAAUCUGGUGGAGCGACGAGCAACAGCAGCAGUAGCUCAGGUGGGUGUGAGUUGAUUUCUAUGGGGAAUUAUUAUAGGAACCACGGGGGGAGCUUGAAUUUGACUGGGAAUGAUGGGCCUGCGGGGGGAAUGAUUUUUUCACCGGGUGGUGCUCAGAAUUCUUUGGAUUCUUCUUCGACGGUUAUGUUGGAGUCGGUUCCCGGGUUAAAGCACGAUACGGGUUUGGCUGCGGAGUGGUCCAUCGAUGAACAGUACAAGUUGGAGGAGGGACUUGCCAAAUAUGCCAAUGAACCCAAUAUCAUGCGGUAUAUUAAGAUUGCUGCCACACUCCACAACAAAACUGUACGAGAUGUUGCUCUUCGAUGUAGAUGGAUGACGAGAAAGCGGAGGAAACAGGAUGAUCAGAGCUUGGGGAAGAAGGGGAAGGAUCGGAAGGAAAAAGUGGUGGAGUCAACUCUGAAGAAUAACAUGUCUUCAGCUUCAUCAGUAAAUGUGGCUCCAUAUUCUGUAGCUACAAACCAUUGUGAUCAGAGUGACUGCAUGCUUUCAGGAGUACUAAGGGGCACAGCCAGACAUCUUCUGGAAGAAAAUAAUCAGGCUUUUGAUCAAAUUUCUGCCAAUCUUUCGACCCUCAAGUUGCAGCAAAACAUCGAUCUCUUUUUUCGUACAAUGAAUAACUUAACUACAAUUUUGAAUGACAUGAAAAACAUGCCUGGAAUAAUGAGUCGAAUGCCUCCUCUUCCUGUGCUCUUAAAUGAGGAACUUGCCAGUAGUAUUUUUCCUUGUGCAUCUCAGCCCAUGAUGUUUAGCUCAUCAAGUUCGACACCGUUGAAGCAGGAGCCAGGAUGUUGAUUAUUGAUAAUUCUUAACUUUGGUUAACUCAAGUCUGGUCUCUGUAAGUAUCGAAAUUCUUCUGUAAAGGUGCAAGAAGCUGGCAGGCUUUCUAGCUUUUCUGUUAUGUCUCCAGCGGGAUGAGUCUCACAUUAAAUAUUCUCCAGAGAUGUCAUUUUCGAAAGAUGAUUGCUUGCUGAAAACGGGUACCAGUAAACAAUAGAUGAAAAUAAUUUUCACAAUCCUGUAUCAGUUGCAGAGAAACAGAGAUCUAUCCAGACAAUGCACUGAUCUCUAAUGUUAGUUGCCACCUUUUAUAUGUAAAUUUUCGGAAAAACUAGUAUGAGUGGGAUGCUUAGAUUUGUGCUUGAUUGAUCCAUAGUUUUUUUAAUGCUAUGUCGAUUGCGAAUUUCAUCACUUACUUGGA